GCAGGCGGUCCGUUAUACGAAUGUUUCGCCGCCGCCAAAUUGCAGCUUAUACGUUCACGCAACACGUUCGUUUGGCGCCGGAUAGUUAGCUAACGACUAUGGUUGAACAAUUGCUACAAGAACGAUGUGGUCAGCAGUUAUCUUCCUGCGUGCGGAUGAAUACCAGACUGGCUGGAGCGGAAUUCGAACUAAAUUGUGGAAAGAAACAAAGUUCCAGAAGAUCGACGGAACAGAGAGAAAGGGGCCAUGUACCAGGAAUGUUCGACAGAGAGGAUGUCGACUUAGAUUUAGAUCUCAAGUAUCAUCUUCAGACUUGUACGUGUUCUUGCAACCACAUGGGCUUUGGCAAUUAUAUGGAUUAUUAUCAGAAAACUGGACAACUGGCUAGCGAUAAAGUAGAAAUGAAGUUUAAUCAUUACAAACAUUUCCAAUCUACUAAAUAUGAUUGGUUGGAUGGAUAUCAAUAG